AUUACACCAAAGAACUCUACAACUCAAGACCCAUUCCUCAACACAAAAAUCAACCAAAAAUGGCAACAUCAUUCACUUCUUCUCUACUUCUUCCCUCACAAUUUUCACCAAAAAGAAGAUCAUCAUCAAGAGCUCAAAGAAGAACCACAACGCUGGCAAUGAAAAGAGAGGCACAUGAUAAGAACCACUACAAUGGUUCGCGUCUUGUAGAUGAGAACUUGAUAGUCCUUAGAAAGAGAAUUCACGAGAUGAAAAUGAUCGAGAGGAAUUACGAGCCUCCAACUGAAUGGGUGGAUUGGGAGAAGAGUCUUUACACGGAUUACGACUCAAAUAUUUGUGAGGCAGUGGGAUUACUGCAAGCCCAAUUGAUGGAUACAAGACCAAGCUUGGUUUUGGGUAUGGUUGCACUCAUUGCAUUAAGUGUGCCCACCUCAACUGCUGUACUUUUGUUUCAUUUGUUAGAGUUGACAAAGGGGGUUUUGGCUGCUGGACUACAUAUUCCUUAACAAAUAUUCGUCCUUCAUAUAUAAUUUAUUCUUGGGAUCUAUUUUACGGAUUACCAAGUUGAAGAAUAUUACACUUAGUUCUUUUAUAGGUAGUAUAUUCAUACUACAAGCGUAGGACAUAUAAGCUUUAUUCUUUUCAUUCUUUAUUCAAUAUUGUAUUUGGAUGUGUACGUUGUGCCUGGUUUGGGCAAUGCUUCUUAUUUGUUAUAGAGUGAAUAGGAACUAUUAUUAGUCUUGAGAACACCCUUUUUUUGUUUUUAGGUAUGUAUAACCAUCUUAUAUUGAUAUAUUCAUUGGUUCGACAUAUUCAGAUUAACAUCGUAU